CACCAAGAGCUGCACAACUAACAGGAGAUACUUUCCCUCCCAGGAGCAGCACUGAGACUUUACCACACAAGUUUACUGGACGUUUUGGUGGGUUUUGUAAUCCUAUUUCGCUUGUGGGACACUGUUAAAAGGAGUGGAUGCCCGCUUUCUCUGCUGACAUUUGUUGCAGAGUGUGUUUACGCAGCUGGUAAGCUCACGUUUCCCUUAAUGUCUACAAAGAUGGAACAGCCUUUCUAUCAUGACGACUCGUAUCUGUCUUCUUACGGCCAGUCAGACGCGGCAAUGCAUGACUACAAGCUGUUAAAGCAGAAUAUGAACUUGACAGAGCCCUAUCGCAGCCUGAAGUCCCACCUGAGGGCGGAGAUAGACCCGUACCAAGGAAGGGGACACCACCACCACGACGGGGGGUCCCUGAAGCUCGCAUCCCCGGAGCUGGAGAGGCUCAUCAUCCAGAACGGUAACGGGGUUAUCACAACCCCGACCCCGGGUCAGUACUUCUACAACAGAGGCAUCACGGAUGAGCAGGAGGGCUUCGCGGAUGGAUUUGUGAAAGCUUUGGAUGAGCUGCACAAAAUGAACCAAAUGCCUCCUCCAAAUGUGUCCAUCGGAGCCGGGGGAGUCACUACAUGCUCCCCGGCGGCCUCUAGUGUUUUUGGGUCCACUUUAUUACAGCCGGAGCCUCCUAUCUACACCACCCUGAAUGCAUACUGCCCGAACACAAGCCUCUCCACAUCCGCGCCAAGCUACCCAACAGCCACCAUCAGCUACCUGCCUCCCCACCAGCAGAGCCAGGCUUUCCAGCAGCACCAGUCCCUCCAUCACCCGCAGAGGCUGGUGGCUCUGAAAGAGGAGCCUCAGAUUGUUCCAGAUUUCCUCAGCAGCGACGGAUCGCCUCCAAUGUCCCCCAUCAAUUUGGAGACGCAGGAGCGCAUCAAGGCGGAGCGCAAGAAGCUGCGUAACCGGCUGGCUGCGACCAAGUGUCGGCGGCGGAAGCUGGAGCGCAUAUCCCGGCUGGAGGAUAAGGUGAAGGGGCUGAAGAACGACAACCAUGGGCUCUCCAACACGGCCUCGGUGCUCCGGGACCAGGUGGCACAUCUCAAACAAAAAGUCCUGACGCACGUGAGCAGUGGCUGCCAGCUGAUGCUCACAAGCAAAUUGGAGGCGUUUUAAAAACACAACAUAAGACUUUGAGGCGUUUCAAAACACACAAAAAAGACUUUACUCCUGGCGCAUGUGAGAUGUUGCCAACUGAUGCUCUCAAGCAAAUUGGAGGCGUUUUAAAACACAUAAGACUUAAAAAUGACUGAGAAGUGAUAACACUGGAGAUGCCCAUCAUGGCAUCAUCACAGGCUCUUUGUGGUGAAAAAAGACUGAUUGAAAUGGUACUUCCGGAUGCUGGACAUCGCUGAAAGCACCUUUUAGCAUCCAGACUGAGCUCUGCGGGUUUACUAAUGGUAGAAAAAUGGGAAUCGUUAUUGUAUUUUUUAUUUGUACCUUUUUAUUGUCAUGCUGCGUUUAUUCAUUGUGUAAAUUAUUUGUGUUCGUCCGGUUGAUCCAGACAAACUGAUGAUGUCCAAUGUUUACACUGUCCUUUUUUUAUUUGUGAUGUGUAUUUAAGUAAAGUGUCUCAAAAAUGAA